AUGAGGGCCCUGGGCUAUCCCAAGCUGAUAUCGAUUGAUAGCUUCCGAACACCCAAUUUUGAUCUCGUGGCCGACAUACUCCUGUGGCUCAUCAAGAGCUAUGAUCCCAACGUCGAUAUCAAGGCCGACCUGAGCACCGAGCAGGAUCGAGUACUCUUCAUCAAGAGCGUCGCAACCUUCAUGCGUGAUCCCGAGACGCGACCAACGGAUAGAAUCGAAGCCUGGAGGAGGAGGGCCUUCGCCAGCCUCGACUGGUCCGGCUUGGUUGCUGAUCCCAACAUUCCGGCUCUUAUCAUGUUUGCCGCUCCGGUCUUGCGAUGCGCCCGUGUCCAGGCACCAAAGGCGCACAUCAAACUCAACACUCGCAAGCUCUACAUGGCUGACGGAUACGCCGUCAAGGAGCUCCUGAAGAUUGCCGACAUCCUGUACCAGGCGAGCCAAAUCAAGAUUGUAGACGACGAGGUUGAGUAUGGGGUCGAGAGGACGGGCAGUGAAGCCACGACCGUGCCCUCCCUGGACAUUGCUUCCAAAGUAGGCCAGCUCAAAAUCUGCCGAACUCUGGCCUCUGAAAUCACGGAGAAGGGUGCCACGCUCUAUGAUCUGCUCGGAAAGGAGCUGGAACUCAGGGAUAUCCGAGCCAACGUCAUUUCUCGCCCCUUUGAGAUCCAAAACAUGGAAGCAGCCGUCAACGAGUCGAUUCAUAAUCUCCGCGAGCAAAUAUCGGUUACCAAGGCCGCGAUGGAGAACCUUGGUGCGGACGAAUCCAGCCUCAUUGCCAAGAUUGAGAAGAAGAAGGUGGAGCUGGAUCGUGCCGAGAAGCGCCUGAAGAGUCUCCAAGGCGUCAGACCUGCAUACAUGGAUGAGUACGAGAAAAUUGAGGUCGAGGUCGGAAGGCUGUACGAGACUUACAUGGAAAAGUUCCGCAACCUUGCGUAUCUCGAGUCGCAGCUGGACGAAUACAACCGCCAGGAGCAAGACAAGUUCGAGGAAACAGAGUCGUCUCUCAAGAAGAUGCAGAACCGGCUCCGUGAAGAGGAGCUGCGUUUGUUGCGGGGCGACAAGGAAAUCCGCGACACCGUGCGGGCCCACAACGAGGAAAGCGUCGGCCGUCUGAAGCGACCCAAGGCCGCCGGCCGACGCAACCCGCGAUCGAUCAACCCAAAGUCCGUUGGCGGAGACUCCCAGGCGGACCAGAGCAGCAGCGAGAGCGAGCCAGACGGAGUCUCGCUGGGAUCUGGGCUUUCGGACGACGACAUUAUCGACGACGAUGCCGGCGAAGAUAUGGACGAUGACGAAGACCGGAAUGCCGACAAUGACGAUGAGGAGGAGGAGGAUGACGACGAAGCACCAUCGAGAGGAGGGCAGCACUCCUGGGAAACGGGGGGCACAAGCGGCGGAGAGGCAAUGGCGACGCGCGAGGAUGGUUCCGAUGGGGCCGCUGGCGAGGCCGGAAGGGACAACAUGGGACAUGGGCCUGGAGGCGGCGACAGGGCGGUCAGGGACAGGAGCCACUGCCUUUGAUAGACACAUGUGUGCGGCGGCUGUGCACCAACAGGGGCCGGCUGGCGAGGUGCCUAGUCCACCCCGGCAGAGGCCGAUCCAGCGCCUUGCUGGGCUGACGACCAGAGCAAGUAGUGGGGAGGCUUGACGCCGAGGUCAGGGGCUCGGGCACAAGGGUGCAGCCACAAGGAGCAUCCACAAGCGAGCCCGAGACACUGCCGUGCUGGGUGGGCCGCACACAACAGCCGGACCCGUGCCAGAGGCGAUGGCCGGGCUGCGGUCUCCUGUCGGAUGCGACAGCGCGGUGUGGUGGUGGUGGUGGUGGUGAUGUGGUCGAGAGCAGCACGAUACGAGCG